GGGUCGAUUCGGUGGAGGGAACGGGGUUGGGGGCGGAUUCUGGGGGUGGUUUUGGUUUCGGUUCGGGGUGGUUGGUCGGGGCAGCGAGAACGGGAAAAGGGGAGGGGGGUUCGCGUUGGCUGCGUAGGGGUGGGGGAUAGGGAGGGGGUGGGCACGCGCCGGCGCCGGCUGAAGUUCUGGGCGCCGGCAGGGGGAGGGCAGGGGGUGGCAGGGGAGGGGGAGGGUGGUUUAUUUUAAUUAUUUUUUUAAUUUUUUAAUUUAUUUUUUUUAAUAAACUUAACGGAAAUCGUAACAGAUUCCAUUAAGUGGUAGUGAUUUUUAAAAAACUCUAAUUUAGGUGGUAGUAAAAUAAAAUAAAAAAUUAAAGGGGUAACAAAUGUGAAUUAGGGUCCUUUCCCUGAUAGUAAAUGUGAAAUUUGCCAAAUAAUUUCAGUUUAUCAAAAUUAAGGUGAAGAGAAUGAGCCUAAGGGAGCAAUAAUAUGAAAACAAAUAAUCCCUUCGAUAAUCCAUUUUAUUUCUCCCCUCAAAAAAAAAAAAAAAAAAAAAAAAGCCCCCCAAAAUUAGUAGUUGGAAUGUUGGAUCACAGAUUACUGAAAAAUUGACCUCUGAACUGAUUUCCCAGCUUCACCAAACUGAUAUACACUCUCCCAUAUCAUCAAAAUUGGGUUUUUUGUUCUUUUCAAUUAUAAUUUUAUUCCUUUUGCAUUCUGAAAAUGGUUGGAUAUUCAUGGCCUUCCGAAGCAGAGUUGAAUGAGUUAAAGAAGGAAGUAGCUGAGAUGGCUAAAAGAACUACUGAGGAAGUUAGGGUGGUUGUCUCUCCAUACAGGAUUUGUCCUUUGGGAGCACACAUUGAUCAUCAGGGUGGAGCUGUUUCGGCUAUGACGAUAAACAAGGGAGUUGUUCUUGCAUUUGUUCCUUCUGGUAACCCUGAGAUGGUGUUGCAUUCUGCACAGUUUGGAGGAGAAGUAAAGUUCAGAGUUGAUGAAAGUCACCAUCCUAAAAAGGCUGCAAAGGCAAAUGAAAGUACCAAUUCCAAUGGUUCAACAAAAUUGGAAGAAGAGUGCUGUUGGGGAAGAUACGCAAAAGGGGCUGUUUAUGCAUUAAAUAGGAAAGGGAAUGUUCUCAGUCAGGGUAUUAUUGGGUUGAUCAGCGGUUCUUCGGGCCUUGACAGCUCUGGCCUCAGCUCUUCUGCUGCGGUUGGAGUUGCUUACUUGUUGGCUCUGGAAAAUGCAAAUAAUAUAUCAGUAUCUCCAACAGAAAACAUUGAGUACGAUCGGCUGAUUGAAAAUGAAUAUCUAGGGUUGAACAAUGGCAUAUUGGAUCAAUCUGCAAUAUUACUUUCAAGACAGGGUUGUCUAACCUUCAUGGACUGUAAGACCAAAGAUUACAAGCUUGUAAACUUGAAAGAGAAUGACAUAGAAGUGCAGAAAUCAUACAAGAUAUUGUUGGCAUGUUCUGGCUUGAAGCAUGCUUUGACUAGUGGUGUUGGGUAUAAUCGCCGAGUUGCUGAAUGUCAAGAGGCAGCAAGAGUUCUCCUAGAUGCUGCUGGGAAGCAUGAAGUAGAGGCUGUUCUAUCCAAUGUUGAACAGGAAGAUUAUGAAGCUCACAAGGACAAGCUAGAACCUCUUCUUGCUCGUAGAGCAGAGCAUUAUUUCUCAGAGAACAUGCGUGUGAAGAAAGGAAUUGAAGCAUGGGCUUCAGGUAGGAUGGAUGAUUUUGGAAAAUUAAUUACCGCCUCUGGUCAAAGUUCAAUACAAAAUUAUGAAUGUGGGUGUCAACCUCUGAUGGACCUUUAUGAAGUCCUCUUGAGAGCUCCUGGUGUAUAUGGAGCCAGGUUCAGUGGUGCUGGUUUCCGAGGAUGCUGCAUUGCAUUAGUCAAUGCAGAUCUCGCAUCAGAAGCUGCUUCAUUCGUGAAAAGGGAAUACAGCAAGCUUCAACCCGAACUGGUCAGUAAGAUCGACCAAGAAGCUGCAGUAUUGAUUUGUGAAUCGACGGAUGGUGCUCGUAUAAUUGCUGCCCCUUAACUUGAUCAUACUACAUUCUUUACAGUCUUGUUGACUCAAUCUGCUUAAUUCAUUUAUUAGUUUAUUGUAUCUAUUCAUAUGUAGUUGCAUGAUAUCAUUUUUUAGAAAACGAAGCACAAUCUUCUUCCCUUUCCUUGGGAAAUACCUUAUAGUACUAUGAUUGAUAAAAUACUCUCUAUUUCUUUUUAUCUAUUACAUUUUUUUUAAAAUAAAUU